CAAAAUAUGUGACGUCAAUACGAUGUGACGUAAAAGCAGGCCCCUCGACAGUAGACCGUCAAAACUCUUGAGAAUCGACGUGCUUUAAAAAAAGAUAACAAUAAUGCCAAAAGUGAAAAGGAGCAGAAAGCCCCCUCCAGAUGGGUGGGAGCUUAUCGAGCCCACACUGGACGAGCUGGAUCAAAAAAUGAGAGAAGCUGAAACGGAACCUCAUGAAGGUAAACGGAAAGUUGAAUCUCUCUGGCCAAUAUUCAGAUUGCAUCACCAGCGGAGCCGGUACAUUUUCGACCUAUUUUAUAAAAGAAAGGCCAUCAGUAGAGAGCUGUACGAAUAUUGCAUGAAGGAGGGGUAUGCAGACAAGAACCUCAUUGCUAAAUGGAAGAAACAAGGUUAUGAGAAUCUGUGCUGUUUGCGUUGUAUCCAAACACGGGACACCAACUUCGGAACGAACUGUAUUUGCAGAGUUCCCAAAAGCAAACUUGAAGUGGGACGAAUCAUCGAAUGCACACAUUGUGGAUGCAGAGGCUGUUCUGGAUGAAUCUCAAGAUGCCUUCAGUGGGACAUCAGGGCUCGUUCUAGUUUGAUUCGUUUGCCUGUAAAGAUCCUUGCCCAUACUUGGUUUUCCAUUCCAGAUUGUCAUUCUGUAGUGUGUAUUGUGAUGGGUCGUGGUCAUGCUUUUUUAAAUAUUUCAUUUUCGUGAAAUUAUUGAUGCUAUUUUAUUUUAAUUACGCAUUUAUUCCCCAUGCCACAGUGCAUUGUCAUUUGAAAUAAAACUUUUGUUGUAUUA